GAUACUUUUCAGAUCAAAAGGCAGCGAUGGGGACAAGCACGUGGUCGUUUGUGGCGGUUUUGUGGCUGUUAUGGGCGGUGGAGAUGGGGGUGGUUGAAAAAUGCAGGGGUGAAAUAGGACAAGGAGCAGUGAAGGAUGUGAAGGAUAAUAUCACUGAAAUUACGGAGAUGGCGAAUCUUGAUGGAAAAGCAGAAGCCCUUAAGAAAGGUGCUUCUGAAGUGUUUAAUGACGCCAAGGACGCGGCCGAGUCUUGGUCCAACUGGGCUUCUGCCGAGAUUUCCAAGGGAUUAGGAUUGGAAGAAGAAGGAUUGAAACAGACAGCCCACCACAUGAUGGACAAAGCCGGCGACGCGAAAACGAAGGCCAAAGAGACGCUUGUGAACGGGAAAGAGAAGGCGGCGAAGGUGUAUGAGGCGGCUAAAACCGAGGUGGAGCGGGAAGUUGCGGCGGUUAAGGAGUGUGUGAACUGUGAAGCUGCUAAAGAGAUGGCGUCGCAUGCCGCCGUACAAAUCGGGGCGAAGAUAAGGGAGAAGUCCUCGGAGCUGUGAGCUUGACGCGCGGCUGUCUUUUUUGUAUUGAUUUUCAUUUUAUUUUAUUUUUGGGUCUAGGCUGAGUUGUAAAAUAUUCAUUAUUGUU